GUUAUAUAUACAAUGGAGAAGAAGACAUCACUAUUACAAGCUAGAAAGGCUAUACUUGACCGACAACAUCAACAACAACAGACUACAAAGACUACAAAGACAACAAAGACACCAAAGGAACAAUUAUUACAAAAGCCAAAGAAUACCUCAAAGUCUACAUCUACAACUCCAACAAAGAAUGAUCAAACUGCUACAUCAACGACCUCAACUACAUCAACUACAUCAACUACAUCAGCCACCAAUAUAAUGAAGAAUAAUAAGAAGAUAGUCAAGAAGGAUACAAAGACAGAUACAUCGAAUGUUGAGACGACAGAGACAAAGACAAUGAAUGAUGAUAAGGCAGAUAUUGACUUGGAUCAAUUGUUUGCGAUAAAGAAACAGAGAGAUAUAAAGAAUAAGGCAAUUGAACAGAGAGAGAAGGAGAAAGAGGUGGCUGCGAACGAAGCAUUGGCAAAGAAGCAAAAGAACAACAGAGCAAUUGAUGAUGACGACUUCUUUGACAGUAGAGGUGUGACAAUCAAAGAGAGGAGAUUUAUCGAAGGACUGCCAGUGUACACUGAGGAGGAGCUUGGAUUGGAGAAUGACUACGAUACAGGAGACACUGAUCUGUGUCCAUUCGAUUGUCAAUGUUGU